CCCGGGUCGGCGCCGGCGCGCAGCGCAGAUCCGCCCGGCUGGCCCGCCCCUCACCUGGGCCGCGCCCCGCGCUGCUCCUUAAAGGGCCCGAGCGGGUCUGCGCCCCCGCGGCUCCCGCGACCCGCGCGGCUGGCCCCUCGGGGGGCGGGGAGGUCCUGCUGGAGAGCCCAUCCCUUCCGCCCGACCGCCGCUCACCGGCCGCGCCAGGCUGCGCCGGGCCCAGCCGCACACAGUCCCGCGAGCCGAGGACUCUGGCGAAGCGCCUUGCGCCUCGCGGGCGGGAGGAGAGCCAGGCGUGCCGCCGGGAGGAAGGGCGCCCCGAGGGUCGGAGCUGGCCGUCCGGGGGCCUGCGGGUUGGCGCCGUGGACGCGUGUUCCUAGAGGAAAUAACUGGGAGUGUGACGGGACGGAACAGCUGGGGGCGAGGAAUUUGGGUUUGACGCCGUGGGCAAUCGGGGCUGCUCCGAGAAAUGGAAGCAGGCCAGUGUUGACGUCAACAACACCUGCUGCUGAGAACGUGUACCACUUGGGGAAGUCGCCGUUUCUCUACGGGACUCCGUUUCCGCGUCUCGAUCGUAGUGCUUGCUCCAUGCUGACUUCAUCGCCUCCCAUAAAGAUACGGUCUGUAGGCGGUCGGACGGAUGAACUCUGUGAUUCUCAGCCCAGAUGCUCCCUGUAGGCUACACUUCCACCCCCGGCCUUCCCUUAGGUGGGUUCCCGACUUUGGUAAAGGAAGGUUUCUGCGCCCCCUGGUGGUCAUACAUGGAAAAGAGGAUCCUGGCAUUUGGGAGCUCCACUUCCUUCUCUCUCCUCACUCCGAGCCUACUUCUUUUCCCACUGGAGAAAAGGACUGAGCCUUACCCCAUCUGGACCAUCUGUGGAACAGGCGAGACCACUUUCUGGCUGGUGCACCUCAAGGUAAUGGUGAGCCUAAAAGCACCAAGUGUUCCCCUGAAGAGCCUAGAAAAGAAGCUUCACCCGGAGGAGCUUGUGGUUACUUUGAGCUGCAGAAGACAUGUUUGUUUCUUACAACACCUUUGAAACACCUGUCAAGAGGAACAGAAUCAGACUCCAGGGAGUUUGGAAAAGAGGAGCUUUUAUGAAGCAUCUCUACGGAAGUCCAUCAGAUAACCUUUCAGCAGCUCUGAGUAUAAAUGUAUUAUUUGCCACUUCUAUUCAACAUAACACUGGAAGUCCUAGCCAAGGUAAUUAGGCAAGAAAAAGAAGGAAACGCUGCCAUUUGUGACAAUAUGGAUGAACCUGGAGAUUUUGAUCAAAUACAUUAUCUAUGGAAGAAAUAAAUACAACUGCAAAGAUUCAGUUCUUCUUUCAUCCAUUCUCCGCUGACCCUAAGAUCCAGGUGGGGAUUUUUGUGGCCUUCCUGGUGAUGUACCUGACCAGCCUCAGUGGAAACACCACAGUUGCAGUCCUUGUUCAAAUCAACCACUCCCUCCACAUCCCCAUGUACUUCUUCCUGGCUAACCUGGCAGUUCUGGAAAUCUUCUAUACAUCUGCCAUUGCCCCCCUGGCCUUGGCAAACCUCCUUUCAAUGGGCAAAACUCCUGUUUCCAUCCCUGGAUGUGGGACCCAGAUGUUUUUCUUCAUCUUCUUGGGUGGAGCUGAUUGUGUCCUGCUUGCAGUCAUGGCUUAUGACCGGUUUGUGGCAAUCUGUUACCCUCUAAGAUACACCCGCAUCAUGAGCUGGCCCUUGUGUGUGGAGCUGAUGGUAGGGUCUCUGGUGCUGGGUUUCCUGCUGUCACUGCCUCUGACUAUUUUAAUCUUCCAUCUCCCAUUCUGCAACAACAAUAAGAUCUACCACUUCUACUGUGACAUGCCUGCAGUCAUACACCUGGCCUGUGCAGACACACACGUUCACAAGACUGCCCUGUACAUCAUCAGCUUCAUCAUCCUAAGCAUCCCCCUCUCAUUAAUCUUCAUCUCCUACGUCUUCAUCAUGGCAGCCAUUCUACGGAUCCGGUCAGCGGAAGGGCGCCACCGAGCCUUCUCUACCUGCUCCUCUCACAUCUUAGUGGUCCUCCUGCAGUAUGGCUGCACCAGCUUUAUAUACUUGUCCCCCAGUUCCGGCUACUCUCCUGAGAUGGGCCGGGUGGUGUCCGUGGUCUACACCUUCAUCACUCCCAUUCUAAACCCCUUGAUCUACAGUAUAAGGAACAAGGAACUGAAAGAUGCCCUAAGGAGGGCACUGAAGAAGUUCUAGGUAGGAUGAUCCCAUGGCUUGUCGGAAUCGGAUGCUCAAAGUGAAUGGGGAUGCUAUUAAUAACUAUGCUGAGACAACAUGCAUGAGCCAGGAAUGUCCUCAGCAAACUGAGACAUGGCCCACUAUUCUAGGAUCACCGGAGGAGAUGAAUGCUACUGUGUAAUGGAAAUAAAGCUGUAUCAUGGAGGGCAGCCUGAUGUCCUGGGCUUGGAUGGAGGAGAAUCAACACUUAUUGGACACCUGCUAUAUACUAAGCACUUUAUAUGGGUUAUCUCAAGUAGCCCAUAGUAAGUACCAUUGUCUUCAUGUUUGAUAUAUCCAGGAUGAGAACACAAGUAUUUAAAAAUCUAGGGGCACCUGGGCAGCUCAGUCAGUUGAGCAUCCAACUCUUGAUUUUGGCUCAGGUCAUGAUCUCAGGGUUGUGAGACUGAGCCCACAACAUGGAGCCUACUUAGGAUUCUCUCUCUCCCUCUCUCUCUGCCCCUCCACUCCCUCUCUCUCUCUCCAUCUCUAAAAAAUAAUAAAUAAAAUAAAUAAUAAAUAAAUUUCUAAAAAUCUAAAGACUAAGCUAUCUUCAAACAAAAAUGUUGGCCAAGGAGGCCCUGAAUGGCAAG